AUGCCUUACAAUGUGUUGACUGAGAAUGUGAUGCCUUACUAUGUAUUUACUAAGAGUGUGAUGCCUUACUAUGUAUUGACUGAGGGUGUGAUGCCUUACUAUGUGUUGACUGAUAGUGUGAUGCCUUACUAUGUAUUGACUGAGGGUGUGAUGCCUUACUAUGUGUUGACUGAUAGUGUGAUGCCUUACAAUGUAUUGACUGAGAAUGUGAUGCCUUACUAUGUAUUUACUGAGAGUGUGAUGCCUUACUAUGUAUUGACUGAUAGUGUGAUGCCUUACUAUGUAUUGACUGAGGGUGUGAUGCCUUACUAUGUGUUGACUGAUAGUGUGAUGCCUUACUAUGUGUUGACUGAUAGUGUGAUGCCUUACUAUGUAUUUACUGAGAGUGUGAUGCCUUACUAUGUAUUGACUAAGGAUGUGAUGCCUUACUAUGUGUUGACUGAUAGUGUGAUGCCUUACUAUGUAUUUACUGAGAGUGUGAUACCUUACUAUGUAUUGACUGAUAGUGUGAUGCCUUACUAUGUUUUGACUGAGAGCGUGAUACCUUACAAUGUUUUGACUGAUAGUGUGAUGCCUUACAAUGUUUUGACUGAGAGCGUGAUGCCUUACAAUGUAUUGACUGAUAGUGUGAUGCUUUGA